ACAGAAGCUCCCGGAUGCCGCCUCCGCUUCCGGCCUCUGGCUCGGCGUGUCUGUGAGUUGUUUGCGGGACUUGGGCGGCAGUUCGUCGGCUUCAGGGAACAUGAGCGACUCGGGCCUGUCGGACGAAGCGGCGGCGGCGGCCUGCAAGGACGGAGCGCCGGUCACCAAGGACUUCAUGAUGCAGCAGACCAUGCUCCGGGUCAAGGAUCCUGUCAAGUCUCUGGAUUUCUACACCCGGAUUCUGGGAAUGACGCUCCUGCAGAAGUUCGACUUCCCGUCCAUGCGGUUCUCGCUCUUCUUCCUGGGCUAUGAGGACAAGAAGGAGAUCCCAACGGACGUGAAGGAGCAGACGGCCUGGACGUUCUCCAGGAGAGCCACCAUCGAGCUGACGCAUAACUGGGGCUCCGAGUCCGAUGAGAGUCAGUCUUACCACAACGGGAACUCUGAUCCGCGGGGCUUCGGACACAUCGGGAUCGCUGUGCCUGAUGUUUAUGCAGCCUGCAAGUUGUUCGAAGAACAGGAGGUGAAGUUCGUGAAGAAGCCAGAUGAUGGUAAGAUGAAGGGCCUGGCCUUCAUUCAGGACCCCGAUGGUUACUGGAUCGAGAUCCUGAGUCCGAACAACAUGGUUUCCAUCACCUCCGCCUGAGGCGUGUGCUUCAGGCUCUCCGGCUCUUCUCAUUGGCCGAGCUGUGGAGUCGGCGCUCUCUCCUCAGUUUGAAUGUGAUGCGGGAAGCGGGCGGUAUUACUAUGUAAUGAAAACAAAGCCACAGCGGAAAAUAAAUGGAUCUUUGAGUUAAAA